AGCGCCGGCUUUGCGCAUCCACUCCUUUCAACCUGGUUUUAUUUUUGUUCACCGGCACAGGUGGCCGCCAGUUUGCCAUCACCCCAACAGCCAUUCAGUCCCCAUCUACGACCGCAUCCUCGACCUUUUGCGCAUGCGACAACACUGCACCCUCCGCUACGUGAAGUUUGGGCGACCAUGACCCGGACGUCCACGCCCACGGGCAAGAAGCCCCGGCUCACCCUUGCGCAGCUUGCUGCUUAUGAUGACAUCUUGACGGAUGCGCUCGUCGACCAUGCAUUCUACUGGACGACAAUUCCCAAGAACCGUAACUCUUACCACCCUUCACGCGGCAUCAAGGAGGAUGAAAUUACCAAGAUCAUCCAGACGCAUCUUAUCGUCAACCCGGAACCUCUUGUCGCCGAGGAGAAACUGCUAGCUACCGAUGGAUUGAGAAGGUUUUACAGCUCACUUAAAACACCCAAGGAGAGGGACGACUUCAAAGCGCACCUUCGACGGUACAUGUCAAUCUAUCUUCCGGACUGCCCGUUCGAGGUCAAUGCGACAAAUCGGUACACCAUUGUCACAUUCGAAGCCAGCAUAACUGCGCGCCGAUACAUAAAGCGCAAUGAGACAGUUAAGUACUUGACUGGCAUCCAGGUGGUGAUCACGCCAGAGGAGGAGGCCGAGAUGGCUCUGCGCAAAAAGGAUUUUAGUCUCGUGGUGAGCAGCCGGAGCAAGUCGACCAGCUUGUUCAUGGGUCCCGCUAGAUUUGCAAACCAUGACUGCAGAGCAAAUGCCCGGCUCGUUACUUGCGGCCAGGCAGGCAUCGAAAUCAGGGCGUGCAGGGACAUCGACGUUGGGGAAGAAAUCACCGUUACGUACGGUGAGAGCUACUUCGGCGAAAACAACUGCGAAUGCUUGUGCCAGACGUGCGAGGAAAAUCUGGCAAAUGGCUGGAAACCUUGGGACGCGGCCAACUCAGUUCAGAAGAGCAUUGAAGAAGACCUGACUGUCGUUGCUCAGGGCUACUCAUUGCGCAAACGGAGGAGGGACGAAAGCUCUGCCGGCCGGAGUUCUCGUACUCCGUCAGUUACGCCCGACAUCCGCCCACGCAUUCUCAAGAGGCAGCGAAGCCAGAGGAUGAUGGGAGACAGGGCGUCAACGACCGACUCUACAGAAGUUGACCGGAUGGACGGCCCUUACCCUGGCCAGAAGCGCCAUUGGGAAUCUCUCGGGACACCGCCCGUCACACCUGCGAAACGACUUAAGACAAGCCAUUACGAGGUCAAUCCAAUUCCGUUACCCUCAGCCAUGUCAAGGGGGUGCUCGGACACAGAGACUUCUCGUAGCCCGUUUUCGUCGGAAUGCGACAACGGUGAUAUGACCGAAGCGACUUCUCCCGAAACGGAAAACCCCGACCCUCUCAUUCCGUCACCGGAAAUGACGCCGGCAAAGCAGCCUGUCGAGACUCUUAAGCGGGAAGAGAGCACCAGCGCGGCUGAGGAUCCGGAUCAAGAGCAAUCAUUGGUGGUCCUUCCGAAAACGGAGAGCCUUAGUUUCCCCGAAGUCACGAUCCUCGAUUCUGCGACACAAGGCAGCUCGAGGAACCCAGGAGAGGCGGGUGCGCUCGAUGGCGAUGCACCUUGUGCAGGAUCUUCGACCGUCAGCGUUCUGGACGACAAGUCCACGCCCAAGGCAAGAGCAUCCAGGGCGAAAUCGAAACAACAAGAUUCUCGACAGGACUUACCUGACCCUGCGGGCAAACGGCGGACUCCGGGUGAUUACACCUUGACACCUGUCCUGCUUUCAGAACCAGAGACGGCGUGGGUUCACUGCACCAACUGCAACACUGCAUUCGUGCAGAGAGAUGCCUACUUUACAAGGGCCAACUGUUCCCGAUGCGAACGCCAUUCUAAGCUUUACGGCUAUGUCUGGCCAAAGACGGAGCCUGCUGGACCAGGUGACAAGGAAGAGCGUGUGCUUGAUCACAGGACAAUCAAUCGCUUCCUAGGGCCCGAAGACGAGGCCAAGGUUCGAGGCAGGAAAUCUUGGAGGGAACGGUUGGGUUCGCGGAACGAGUCGGUUCAAUCUUGUGAGCAGGCAGAGGAACGUGGACGAGCGAGGGUGAGGAAUAGACAGGGCGACGAGCCCGGGGCUAAAACCACGACCCCUAAUGGAGUCCGCCGUAGUGGGAGGGCUCGGAGGGCGAGUACUAAAGCUUCAGCGGACUGACUCUUAAUAUGGUUUUGCGGGCACCAUGCUGUCAGCAUGUGCAUGGCCUCAUCUGGGUCUUGGGAAGGAGGAUCAUGGGAGGACUCUAUGUGACGGAAGGCCGCAGCCUUCCCCUCGGCAUUGGGAUGCACGAUACUAGUACCGAGUACUCCAGUGCCAAUAAUUAUAGCUUAGCUGCAUCUCGCACUAAAUAAAGUACCAUAAUCCAGUUGUGCAGAGCCUCUCUC